AUGGCCCACGAUAACCGUGAACCCCGCGAGGUCAAGAACCACCUCCUCUUCGAGGUUGCGACCGAGGUCGCCCAUCGAGUUGGUGGUAUCUACUCCGUUAUCAAGUCGAAAGCCCCCGUUACAACCGCUGAAUAUGGCGACCGUUAUACUCUUAUCGGUCCCCUCAACCACCAAUCGGCGGCCGUCGAGGUUGAAGAACUGGAGCCUACCAAUCCUGAACUAAAGGCGACGAUCCAGGCCAUGAGAGAUCGUGGCAUUGGCAUUCUGUACGGACGAUGGCUCAUUGAGGGAGCUCCUAGAGUGUUGCUUUUCGAUACAAAGACCGCCUACGGUUACUUGAACGAGUGGAAGACGGACCUCUGGAACGUUGCUUCCAUCCCAUCCCCGGACAACGACGAAGAGACGAACGAGGCUAUUGUCUUCGGUUACCUGGUCGCAUGGUUCCUUGGCGAGUUCGUGUGCCACGAGAAGAAGAAGGCUGUUAUUGCCCACUUCCACGAAUGGCUUGCCGGUGUUGCGCUGCCAUUGACCAAGAGGAGGCAGAUUGACGUUACGACUAUCUUCACGACACAUGCCACUCUUCUCGGUCGCUACUUGUGCGCAGGCUCUGUGGACUUCUAUAACAACCUUCAGUGGUUCGAUGUUGAUGCUGAGGCUGGAAAGCGCGGUAUCUAUCACAGAUACUGCAUCGAGCGAGCUGCCGCCCAUUCUUGCGAUGUCUUCACCACCGUUUCCCACAUCACCGCCUACGAGAGUGAGCAUUUGCUCAAGCGCAAGCCCGAUGGUGUCCUCCCCAACGGUCUCAACGUCACCAAGUUCUCGGCCAUGCAUGAGUUCCAGAACCUCCAUCAGCAGUCCAAGGAAAAGAUCCACGACUUUGUCCGCGGUCACUUUUAUGGCCAUUACGAUUUCGAGCCAGAAAACACCCUCUACUUCUUCACUGCCGGUCGCUACGAGUUCAGGAAUAAGGGUGUGGAUAUGUUCAUUGAGUCGCUUGCCCGUCUUAACCACCGCCUGAAGACCGCCGGAAGCAAGACCACGGUUGUUGCUUUCAUCAUCAUGCCUGCCCAGACCACUUCCUUGACUGUUGAAGCAUUGAAGGGGCAGGCCGUCAUCAAGUCUCUGAGAGACACCGUCGAUGUUAUCGAGCGUGGCAUUGGCCGCCGCAUCUUCGAGCGCUCUCUCAAGUGGCACGAGGGCGACCCGUUGCCUGAUGAGAAGGAGCUGAUCACCAGCCAGGACCGUGUCCUCCUUCGUCGUCGUCUCUUCGCCAUGAAGAGGCAUGGGCUCCCGCCCAUUGUUACCCACAACAUGCUCAACGACCAUGAAGACCCGAUUCUGAACCAGAUCCGCCGGGUACAACUCUUCAACCAUCCCUCGGACCGCGUCAAGAUUGUUUUCCAUCCCGAGUUCUUGAGCUCGGCCAACCCCGUGUUGCCUCUUGACUACGAUGACUUUGUGCGCGGCACCCAUUUGGGUGUCUUCUCUUCUUACUAUGAGCCUUGGGGUUACACUCCGGCAGAAUGCACGGUUAUGGGUGUACCAAGCAUCACCACCAACCUUUCUGGAUUUGGCUGCUACAUGGAGGAGCUCAUUGAGAACUCGAGCGACUACGGUAUCUAUAUCGUGGACCGUCGCACCAAGGGCGUCGAUGACUCAGUCAACCAGCUUACUCAGUACAUGUUUGAGUUUGCCCAGAAGAGCCGCAGACAGCGUAUCAACCAGAGAAACAGAACCGAGCGUUUGAGCGAUCUCUUGGACUGGAAGCGCAUGGGCAUGGAGUACGUCAAGGCCCGCCAACUCGCGUUGCGCCGCGCCUAUCCCACGUCUUUCAAUGGCGACGAGGAGGAAGACUUCAUCCCAGGAGUCGAGCAGAAGAUUUCUCGUCCCUUCUCAGUGCCGGGCUCACCUAGAGACCGGACUGGUAUGAUGACCCCUGGCGAUUUCGCUAGUCUUCAGGAAAGUCAUGAGGGUUUGAGUACCGAGGAUUACGUUGCGUGGAAGCUACCUGAGGAAGAGGACCCCGAAGAGUACCCUUUCCCGCUUACCCUCAAGCAGCGCACGGGGCCGGGUAGCCCUCUCGAUGGUGCUAUCCAAGGCCUGCAAAUCAACGGCAGCAAGUAA